CUGAUAACCAAACAAUAUAAAUUUAGGAUUUUCUGUUGCACUGCUCACAUUCAGACCACUGCAGUGGUGAAAUUGUCCUGGCUUGAAGAUUGUCACAGUUCUGCAAGAAUGAGGGCUGGUCGGUGUCUGCUUUUCCACUGUCUUCUGCUGUCCGUCACCUCGCUGUGCCGCGGCGAAGACCUGUGUUUCAACGACAAUGACGACGUCGUGAUGCCGGCGUCCUACAACAUUCCAUGGAUGGCAGACGUCCAGGACUUCCGCACCCUCUCCCUCGUCACCAUCCCGGGCACUCACGACACCAUGGCUCUGUACGGAGGCCCGGAGCUAGAAUGCCAGUCCAUGACCCUGAUGAACCAGCUGAGGGCCGGGAUCCGUUUCCUGGAUCUCAAAGUGUUCGGGCUUGGUAACACCCUCUACGUCAUGCAUGGCGUGAUAUACCAGCACAGCACUUUGAAAGACGUUGUGGACACUGUCAGAGCCUUCCUGGCAGAGUUUAAGAGCGAGGCCGUGCUCAUUAGAGUGCAACCAGAGUCGUUUGAGAAGAGCACGGUCAAUGAGAUGGUGCAGAGUCUGAUUGGCGGCGACCAGAAUGUGUGGGUGAACUCUGGCAUGCCGAACAUGGGUCAGGUCAGGGGGAAAAUUGUCUUUGUGCAGAGAAGCACCUUCACACUGGGAAUUCCCUUCAUCGACACCAAUUUGAGCGGCAACAAUGAGGUUAGCAACAUUCAAAACAAAGACAACAGUAUAAUCAAACAGCUGAACCGAGCCACUGAGGCCUGUGGAGGUGACAACGCUGUUGUGACCUUCACGAGCGGCACUGGCUUCGGUACUUUCUGGGGAAUGUUUCUGACUCCAAAGAGAGUGGCUGAGAGGGUGAACCCCUGGCUCAACCAGUACCUGAGGCAGUUUUUCCCCAAUCAGCCCAGACCGUGCUUUGGUGUCAUCGCCAUGGACUUCCCUGGCUUUGACCUCAUUCAGACUGUCAUCAGUUUGAACUGGUGGUAGCAGCUGAUCCUCUCCUCACCAAUGUCGACUGUAACAGCAUUUGACUUGAUGACAGAAAUAAAUUUGGUCUCCUCUUUAA